AUGGAAUCAUCAUCACUCUUAAUUGUGAUUCUAAUUUUAAUUUCGUCUCUUUUCCUUUUUCUAACGAAAGGAUCAUCCAAGAAAAGACUCCCACCAGGUUCAAUGGGAUUCCCCAUAAUAGGCCACACUCCAACUCUUUUGGAAGCUAUGAGAGCAAAUAAAGAUGAAGAAUGGCUAAAUGAAAGGAUAAAAAAGUAUGGGCCAAUUUCAAGAAUGAGUCUUUUCGGUACUCCAACAAUUUUUCUUAGUGGCUUGGCUGCGAAUAAGUUCAUGUACACAAGGGAUGGCAACACUUUGGGAAGUCAUCAACCAACUUCAAUUAGGAGAAUCUGUGGUGAAAAGAACAUUUUUGAAUUGACUGGUGAUGAUCAUAAGAGAGUUAGGGAAGCGCUUGUUUCUUUCUUGAAGCCAGAUGCAUUGAAGCAAUAUGUUGGUAAGGUGGAUGAGGAGAUUCAACUUCAUCUCAACCAAUUUUGGAAUGACCAAAGCAAUGUUGUGGUGAUGCCACUGAUGAAGACACUAACCUUCAAUGUGGUAUGCACACUCAUAUUUGGGAUUGAGCCAGGGGUAAGAAGAGACAUUUUAGUAAGGCUAUUUGAGAAAGUGAUGGAAGGAAUGCUUUCACUCCCAAUAAACUUGCCUUUCACUCGAUUUCACAGCAGCCUCCAAGCAAGCAAAAAAGUGAAAGCCAUUCUCAUUGAAUUGAUCAAAGAGAAAAGGGAAGCGUUGGGGAAAAAUUCCAUUUCUUCUCACAAUGACCUUAUUACUGCCCUGUUGAGCAUAAGGGAUGGUCAAAAUCAAAGUGUUAUUUCAGAUGAGGAAAUCGUGGAUAAUGCAUUUGUUAUUAUGAUUGGUGCACAUGACACUACUUCGAUUCUUCUAACAUUUUUGGUCAGGCUUUUGGCCAGAGAUCCAUCCAUCUAUACUGCCAUCGCUCAUGAGCAAAAUGAGAUUGCAAAGAGUAAGAAACUUGGGGAGCAUCUAACAUGGGAAGAUCUUUCAAACAUGAAGUUCACUUGGAGAGUAGCGAUGGAAAUGUUAAGGAUGCAUCCACCUAUGACUUAUUCCUUCAGAAGAACACUCAAAGAGAUUGAGUUCGGAGGUUUCCUUAUCCCGAAGGGUUGGCAAGUGGUUUGGAAUGCAAGCAUGACGCACAAGGAUGAAGCUAUAUUUCCAGAUCCAUUGAAGUUCAUGCCUAGGAGAUUCGAACAACAAGCCACAAAUAAUAGUACCAAUAUUCCGCCUUAUAGUUUUGUGGCAUUCGGAGCAGGAGCAAGAAGAUGCCCUGGAAAUGAAUUAGCAAGAAUUGAAACGCUGGCCAUGAUUCAUUAUCUAGUGACUAGAUUCAGAUGGCAACUUUCUUGUGAAGAUGAUUCGUUCUAUAGAGAUCCUAUGCCCGUUUUCAAUCGAGGUCUACCCAUCCAAAUUCACCGCAAGCAACCUCUUUAAGUGUGUGCGCGCGUGUGCAUAACUGUAUAUGUACAUUGCACAUUUAUAAUUGUCUGCGAUCCUUUUUUAGGGGUCAUAUAUAUUUGCAAUAGUUUGUAGUUACUGGCCAAAUAUCAAGGUAUCUUCAGACUUCAGCUAUUUAUGUCAUUUUCCAAAACAAAUGUCAUUGGUUGGUACUAAGG